CUCGUUUAUCCGCCACUGCUCGCCAGCCAUGCCUCCCACUCUACACGCGUCCUCUUCGCGCACUGAGCAGCCCAAGAAAGCACCUACUCGUGGCAAGGUUGUGCAGCCUCGGUAUGCCAAUCCGACCGCGUCUACUGCGCGGGCCACAGCAAGUGUACCAGCGCUGGAACGCAAGCAGGCCCCCAUUCAGCUCAAGCCACCCAGCAAUGGUCGCCCCACGGAUGCGCCAGCUAAUGGGGAAAGGAGCGGUGGACGCAAGCAUGGCGCAGCUCUUAGGGCCCCCGUCAGCCAGACGGGGAGUGUACCUACGGGACCGAGCACGUCGCGUAGUGACGGCAAUGUACAGGACGCUAUGAGAGGCAACCCACCAUCCGGUCUGAGUGCAUCGUCUUCCCGCCAUAAACCAGUAACCAAUGCGUCGCGUCCUGCUGUUCGUCCCGCUGCCCCUGCAUCCACAUCUGACACAUUGCAGGUCGCUGCACAAACGCAAUCAUGGGAUUUUAUGAGGUCCACUCUAGAAGCUCAUUUAGACUACUCGAGACGAACAGCAGCUACCGCUCUCGAGAAGGUCUCAGAAAAGCUCACCGCUGAGGAAGCAGGCAUAGCGGACGCCCGCAUCCGUCUCGAGGCAGAGCGACUGCUGCUGUUCUAUGAUGAGCUAUCGGAUGCUGCACUUUCAACCACUGCCCCUGCAAUCGUACAAGGAUUUCUCAAGCAUGAAGAGGAGUGCUCGAGAGUGAUACCUGAAGCGCUCGCACUGACCGACUGCCCUAUGGAUGAAACACGAGACAUUCGGGACUAUAACAUGCUACUGGAUCAGAUUGAUGCUUUGCAAAGUGAAGCUGGACGUCUCCAAGCUCUCAUGAUGUCUGUCUCGCCAGCCGAGAAGAAUCGUGCGGUGUCUGGUUUGCUUUCCCUGUUACCUGUUCUGCGACUUGCCACUCUCCAUCCAGCCAUCUCGCAUACGCUCGGCCCUUCGACGACGUUCUCUUGUCCUCCAGUCACUCGAAUAUCCACUUCCGAAGGCUUACGGACGUGCACGACGUAUGCAGUCGUCGAGUCUUCUCCGGACAUCGACAAGGAGGACAGGGGACGGACAGUGUGGGUAUGGGAGGAACAACUGUCCGGGGGCGUAAUGUCGAGAGAUAUGUCGGCGAAAAAACGAACCGCAGUAAUGCCCCGUCCCAUCUCACACAUUCACGUCCCGGACGAACUUCCUGGCUAUUUGCUGCUCGUGGAUGCAAGAGGGGCCCUUGGCGUUGCAGAUCAAGAUCUUAACAUGCACUCCACGUUCGAUGCACUAGAUUUUGACGAGACGGUCACUCUUUUUCGACAUUUCGUCUUUCCCCGGUCAUCAUACUCGUUCGUCUCAAAUCGAGAACUACCAAGCCAGGGCGUCCUUGUGGUUUCAUUCCUGCGGAAGGAUGAAGGAUUGUCAAUCAGCGUGGCUUCAAUUGACCAGGAUGGUCGUGUCCAGAAAGUAGGAGCAUGCCCAGUCCCCGUCGGCGGACCUGAUGUUAUUGAUGUCUCCGCAGGCGCAUCUGGUUUCAUCAGCGUCCUCACGCACUCUGGCACUUGGCACUCGUUCCGCCUUUCGAAUGAGCCUGAAGGCUCAUCACAUACAUUUACACUCGCGGUACCUACCGAACCUCUACAUCUCACCACGCUGUCGUUUGCCGCUUCGUAUGCUCCUGCUUCCUCAAAUCCGCGCCAUCGCGAGCAUGCUCUGCUCGCACUCACAUCCUCCCAUGUCCUCCUCGCCGGAAUCGCCAAUGUACCUGGCACCGGCCCAGAGCUAGUUUUCCUCCUCUGGGAUCUGCAGUACGGGGUGCUCCUUGCCGAGCAACACUCCGCCAUGCCUUCUACGCUCGGUCGGACAAAACAGCGCGGAAUAACCCUCUCGCUCGUACAUCAGUCACCGGGACAUGCGCUACUCGUUCUUUCGCCAGAGGCUGACACUGCUACGCUUGGCGUAGUCGACACCAGCGGCAACCCCCUGCGCACGAGUGUUCUCGUGGUCCCGUACACUGUUCCCGCCACAUCCACAAUAGCCAACGCUCUAGGGCGCGCCUCUGCCGGCGCGAAGUGGGUGAAACAGCAGUCGCCGAAGUCCGGGAAGCAAGUGUUGAGAUCCGACAUCGAUGGUCAACAGACAAAGCUGCUCAAUUCCAUGCGUCCUGCUACGGAAAAGAAGCAAAUCGAAGUCGUAGAGAAGCUUUUCGACGAGUGGGUGAGGGGACAUGAGGGGGCGGCGCAGCCUCCUGCCGACGCAACCAACGGGGAACAGUCGAAGCCGCGGCUCGGUCACCUGUUCGUGAAGCAGGUGUUGGACAUUGUGCUUACCGGCGUCUCUUCUGGCAGUACGGGCGUGCCUGCCCCCCAUGCACCAAAGGUCGUGAGGUCUCUGUUGGAGAGACGAGCAGUGAGCAACGGAAUGGUUGAGGGAGGGCUGUUGCCCGCCUUGCUGGCCCGCCAGGACUGGCAAUCCAUCGUCCUCGCCAUCGACACCGUCUCCGACCUCCCAGAACCAGACCUCGCCGUCCUCCUCGCAAGCGUGGUCUCCCACCACCGCCUCGCGGCCCCCGACGAGGACGCCAUGCAGGUCGACGCCCCCGCGACGCCCCCCGCCCUCGCGUCCUUCCUCGCGCAAUGCGCGACCUACCCGACGGCGCCCUCCGCGCUCAAGGUCGCGCUGCACCAGAGCCUGCCCGCAGCCGAGGACGUCGUGUGCGUGCUGGCCGUGCUCGACGCGUGGAUCGCGCGCUGGGGCCAGGCGGGCGUCAAGCUGCUCCCGGACCACGUGGCGAAGGACGCGCACGGCGUGCCCGUCCCCCUGUACGACGAAGCGGGCGCGGGCGCGGACAUGCCCCCGCUGGACAAGAUCCUCGGCUUCACGCAGGCCGUCAUCGACGCGUCCUUCCUCGCGCUCCUCGCGCACCCGCCCGCACACGCGCUCCUCCGCACGCUCCUCGCGCACCUGCAGCCCGAGCUGGCGCUGCUCUCCGAGCUGCAGGCGCUCGCGGGGCCGCUGCAGCCGUUCGCCGCCGCACACGCGCGCGCCGUGCACGACGGCGCGCACGGCGCGUCCAAGGUCGACACGCGCGUCGACUGGCGCCGCCGGAAGAAAACGCUGCACGAGCAGAACCAGAUGUCGCUCGGCGUGUACCAGGUGGAGGAGCUUGUGAUCUAA